AUGGAUGAAGAAGAGCCUAUGGAUAUUUCUGGGGAAUCUUUCUCUCUGGGAAGUCCAACAAGAUUACAGAGAAAUUCUGCCAGUAGGAUCCUUCCACGUCGACAGUCCUUUCCCUUAAAACAGCAUUCCAGAUCCGAAGAUCGUCAGUUCUCAACAAACAGGACUCCCAAACGUAUAUCAUUGUCAUCCUUGCAGUCAAAAUCAAGGUUAGAUGGCACAAAGGGAUAUUCCGUUAGUGCAGCUCAACAUUUCCAUCCCAGUUCUAGAGACCUGCCACCUUCAUUGAGUGAACAAAUCCGUACCCAUUCAACGCCAAUCAGGAGUUUGAGCGAUCGGUAUGAACGAUCAUCAAAAGUAACACAUCGACAUCACAAACACCAGUCCUCUUGUGUGGAGGAGGAAGACGAGGAUCAGUAUAGAAGUCGCAAAAGCCACCGCAGAAACAUCGAAAGGAAACGUUCAGAACCAUAUAUCAGUAUCAAACAAAAGUUGUCGUUCAUGGCAUUUCUAGUUGUGUUGUUUAUCAUCAUCAAUAUCGUUUACAGAGCAAGACCGGGGCAGUGUAAAGUAACAGUUGACAUCCCAAAGCUAAAGGAACAUCUAAAGAAGAAUGUGUUUGGUCAGCACAUAGCCUCAGGGUUAGUGAUGUCACUGGCGAAGAACCUGUCAAUACACUUCCGUAAGUCAUUGAACAACUCCCAGACGGUUGUGUCAUUUCAUGGCUGGUCAGGUAUAGGGAAAAACCACAUGGCUAAUAUACUAAAACAAACGUUUAAACCAGUGAAGGUUAAAACUUUCCUGGUACCAUUACACUUUCCUCAUCAGUCUCAGGACCAGGAUUACAAGGCACUGAUCCCACUAUGGAUAAAAACCAAUAUAUCCUUAUGUAGCAUGAGUGUGUUUAUUUUCGAUGAGAUGGACAAAGCUACUGACGGUGUAAUUCAGGGACUCCGUACGGCAUUGACAGAUAUCAAGAAUUCCAAUAUAACAACAAGGGUUUGGACUUUGUUCAUUCUAUUGAGUAAUAGCAGAGGUUCUGAUAUCAACAACUAUUUAUUCUCACAGCUAGGGAACGGCCAUGAAAGGGAAAAUCUAACACAUGAAGAGUUCAUCCCUACCCUCACCAACAGUGCUGAAGGGAGCUGGUAUACAUCUCUCCUCGAAGACGGACUCAUCACACACACAGUACCAUUUCUGCCUCUCACUCGGGCACAUGUAAAAAGCUGUAUCAUCCGGGACUUAUACCUGAAAAAUAUGGUUCCCAACAAGGAAACAAUAGAUAAUAUUCUGAAGGAGCUUCCGUUUAACCAACCAUGGAAGGACAGUGACCUUUACUCAACAACAGGCUGUAAAAGGGUAUCUUCUAAAGUCGACCUACACAUGGACGACUGACAACAGGCUGUUAUUUGACCUACACAUGGACGACUGACAGCAGACUGUUAUUUGACCUACACAUGGACGACUGAUGACUGACAACAGACUGUUAUUUGACCUACACAUGGACGACUGACAACAGACUGUUAUUUGACCUACACAUGGACGACUGAUGACUGACAACAGGCUGUUAUUUGACCUACACAUGGACGACUGAUGACUGACAACAGACUGUUAUUUGACCUACACAUGGACGACUGACAACAGACUGUUAUUUGACCUACACAUGGACAACUGACAACAGGCUGUUAUUUGACCUACACAUGGACAACUGACAACAGGCUGUUAUUUGACCUACACAUGGACUGACAACAGGCUGUUAUUUGACCUACACAUGGACGACUGACAACAGACUGUUAUUUGACCUACACAUGGACGACUGACAACAGACUGUUAUUUGACCUACACAUGGACGACUGACAACAGGCUGUUAUUUGACCUACACAUGGACGACUGAUGACUGACAACAGACUGUUAUUUGACCUACACAUGGACGACUGACAACAGACUGUUAUUUGACCUACACAUGGACGACUGACAACAGACUGUUAUUUGACCUACACAUGGACGACUGACAACAGGCUGUUAUUUGACCUACACAUGGACGACUGACAACAGACUGUUAUUUGACCUACACAUGGACGACUGACAACAGACUGUUAUUUGACCUACACAUGGACGACUGACAACAGACUGUUAUUUGACCUACACAUGGACGACUGACAACAGGCUGUUAUUUGACCUACACAUGGACGACUGAUGACUGACAACAGGCUGUUAUUUGACCUACACAUGGACGACUGAUGACUGACAACAGACUGUUAUUUGACCUACACAUGGACGACUGACAACAGGCUGUUAUUUGACCUACACAUGGACGACUGACAACAGACUGUUAUUUGACCUACACAUGGACGACUGACAACAGACCGUUAUUUGACCUACACAUUAACAACUGACAACAGACUGUUAUUUGAUUGACAGGUCUAGUGCUUUGACAAACUGAACAGU